AGGGCAAAAGGAUAUUUCUUCCAUUGAUGAGCAUUCAAGAGUUGCUGUUUAUUCUAGCAUUGCUGUGAACUCCUGGGGAUGAAUGAGAAGGUUAACAGAUGAAGUCUCCAGGACUUCAGUCACUAGUCUUCUGGUGAUUCUGACCAUGUCAUCAGAGGAGAGCUCUUAAUGAGGAUGAAUGAGCGUGUUGAUCUCCUCUGGGAUCCAUCAUACAGACCAUCACCAAUCCCAGCAUCACAGAUAAACCCUCUUGUGUCUCUGGGGUCAAACGCUCUCUGUAUUUAAGGCCAGUCUCCAGAUCUGCUCCCACACACACCACUAAACCAGUGCAGGUCCGGUAGCUGUAGUGGUACUGUAGUGAUGGAAGCGGGAGUGUGGUUCAUGCUGCUGGGCGUGCUGCUGGUCAUGACUGAUAUGGGUCAGUCCAUCCCCAAAGACGGCAUGCUGGAGUCACGUGAGGACACAGACAGAGACAACAUGCUGGAGACUCCAGGGGCCACUGAGGAGCAGAUGGAUCAUCUUCUGGAGGAGCGUCUUCUGGUGGAAAUGUUGCGCUCUUUACUCCACAGCUCUCAGAGAUACGAACGCAACCCUUCAGUGCUGCACCAUCCACAGCGGUUUGGUCGGGGGACUCGAAGCGGCUUGUCCACAGAGGAACGGAUACAGUCUCGCGACUGGGAGACUGUUCCUGGACAGAUAUGGAGCAUGGCUGUGCCACAAAGAUUCGGCAAAAAAUAACACCACCCAGAGUGAGGUCUUUAAAGUUUUGUAAUUAGUAGAUUUGAAACAUCUAUAAGAAUCUCAUUCUCCCAACCAGUCAAACACAAUCAGUCACUCUUCUGCACAUUUCAUCAAACCCUGUGAUAGUAAUUAUAACACACCAAAACAAUAAUAUUUAAAUGUAUUUAAUACACUUCGUAAGUUGUGAAUGAGUGAAUGGAAAUAGACACA